AUGAUUUUGGCCGCCAAAGAAGGACAGGAGAAGAAUGUACGAAAUUUACUUGUAAACCCACGUAUUGAUGUGAAUGCACUAGAUUCUCAAGGCAAAACAUGUUUGCAUUAUGCAGCAAAAAAGGUAUUUGCCGGGAAUAAAAAUGUAGUUCAAUGGCUCAUUGAAAAUGGCACCGAUAUUGAAAAUAACUAUGAAACGACGCCGCUGGGAGGGCUCAUACCGCCGCUGAUGUUAGCAUCCAUAAAAGGUUAUGAGAAAAUAAGCAAAAUUCACCUUGACUACGGCGCUGAAAUAAAUAAUACAAUCGUUGUUAAUGCUUCAAUACGUAAAAUCAUGAAUGAAAUUCAAGUGCUCGUUGUCGAUUUAUUCAAUAUUUCUUUAAUUAAUCUAGGUUUAAGUAUGGAUAAUGAAACGACCUAUAAUUUACCAAUUCAUCUUGAUCGCACUUCUAGCAUUCAUUUUGAUGCUUACGCAGGUCAUUUAAAUGUUACUAAACGUCUUCUUGAAAAUGACGCAAACAUCAACGAUAAGGUGCACGGCGGCAGAAAAGCUUUAAAAGAUAGAGAGGAGUUCUUUUAUUUUAAACCAUUUGGAACCGCUCUUCAUUUGGCCGCUUGUGAAGGCCAUGAAAAUAUUGUUGUGCUAUUGAUUAAUUACGGUGCGGAUGUUAACAGUAAAAAUGACAUUGGUGAAACGACACUCACAAUGGCCAUUCAAAAAGGUCAUUAUAAUAUUGUGAAUUUGCUGAUUGAAAAUGAUGUGGACAUUGAGAGCAAAACGCUCUAUUAUGAAACGCCAUUGAUGGGAAUCGAUUUAAGUAUGGUAAUUAAGCGAUACUUGAUCUUUUCAGCUCGCUUGUAG